AUGAGUGCGUGGAAUGGUGGAGGUGGAGGUGGAGGGAUGGGUGGAAUGAGUGGAUGGAAUGGUGGAGCACCGAGUCGACCCUUUGGACACUUUGGAAGACAUCGACAUCGACAUUGGCAUCGUGGGUGGAGAAGACACCAUUUCCGAAAUCCUUUUCGAGCUCGAUGGGGAAGAGGGAGACACGGAAGGCAUCGACAUUGGCGAAUGAUGUCACGAUCUGGACAUCGAUUCUUCUUCCGUCAUGGAAUGGAUGCUGGAGAAUUGGCUGAUCUACAAAAUUUACCCGAUGAUGUCCGGCAAAGACUUGGCGAUAAUGAGCAAGAAUUUGUGAACUAUGGAACAAGAUUCAAACGUCGUUUCAAUUUGGGAGCAAUGGAAGAUAUUGCCGGGAAUUUCAACGAUAACUAUGCUACUCUUCAAGAAUUGAAAUCAAGACCGAAUAGGAGAAGAUUUCGAUUUGGAAUGCAUCCAUUUAUGCAUUUAUCAAGGGAUCAAUUCAAACGGAUUUUACUACCAAUUCCUGAUGAAACUUUAUCUCCAAGUGUGAUCGUUGAUGAGGGUGAUGGAACAGAAAAUGGAGGAGAAGAAGGGACAACUCAUGCUCCAAGUGAAAGCGAUUAUCAAGCGGAUAUCGAAUACAAUGAUCAAGAUUCGACAACUGAAACGACUCCUGAAGAGACGACAACAGAGGAAACAUCCACAGAUUAUGGAGGAGAAGAAGAACAAGGAAAAGAAGAACAAGAAAAAGAAGAACAAGAAGAACAAGAGGAAUUACCGACAAGUUUUGAUUGGAGAGACCAAGUGACAGUCUCCACUCCGAAACACCAAUGGGAUUGUGGAAGUUGCUGGACUUUUGCAUCAGCAGGAGUUCUCGAGAUUCAACACGCUCGUCAAAACAACGACGAUCAAUUGGAUCUCGCAGAAAUGGAUCAUACUUGUGUUUACAAUGGAACAAUUUGUGAUGGUGGAUUUCCAAAAGAUGCAUUCAAAUACUUCAUGGAGAAUCCGGGGAUUGGAUUGGAAAGUGAUGAUCCGUACGAUACGGAUAAAGAGAUGCUUUGUCGAGAGAUUUCUCCAGCUGUUCGUGUUCGUGAAGUCAUCGAUUUAUUACCAUUUGAUAUGGAAAAGACAAAAAGAGCUCUCAUCAAAAAUGGUCCAUUUGCUGUGGGAAUUUAUGUAAAUGAUGAUUUUCAAUAUUACAAGGAAGGAAUCUUUGACAAAACGUGUGAAGGAUUGGAGAAAUUGGGAGGACAUGCCAUUGUGGUUGUUGGAUAUGGUGUCGAAGAUGAUGUUCCAUAUUGGAUUGCGAAGAAUUCAUGGGGUGAUGAUUGGGGAGAAGGUGGCUAUAUCAAGUUCAAAGCCGGCGAGAAUCUCUGCCGAAUCGAGUCAUGGUUUCAAACACAAGCGAUAAUUGAA